AUGGGUCGCCGUGUGGCCUUCCUGGCAGUGGCGCUAUCUGGCACGGCGGUGGCUAUCGGCAAAGCGGUGGUAGUGCUUCGGCGAAAACGCAGAAAUGCAUUGGAAAAAACGCCGAAAGGAACUGUCGGAGAGCCAGUCACGCUACAUUCCGUCGAAGAGCUCGAAUCGUUGCGAACCCGGCUGGUGUCGCUACCUGUGCAGCAACUAGCCACGCUUUCCAACCUCGUGCGACUCGAUAUCGAAGGCUGCAACUUGGCGCAGCUGCCGGCUGAAAUAUCUCUGCUAAAAAAUCUCCAGGUGCUGUUGGCGCCUCGCAACAAGCUGACACACGUGCCUCCCGAGAUCGGCCGCCUGUCACACAGCCUCGUGCAGCUGGAUCUAGGAUCCAACAAGCUCACGGAAGUGCCCGGUGAGCUGUUCCAGCUGACCGGGCUACACACUCUCAACCUGAUGUGCAAUGAGCUGGCGGCGCUGCCGGCGGGACUGGGCGACCUGAGGAAGCUGCGGCUGCUGGGGCUCAAGAGCAACAAGCUGACUUCUCUACCCGCCAGCAUAUCCCAACUGACCAACCUAGUGGAGCUCUUCCUAACCAACAACCGCCUAACCGACUUACCAGAUGGCAUGUCCCAAUGCACUAGCCUGGUGAAGCUUCAGGCCUCCUUCAACUCCUUCACCAGCCUGCCCGCCUGCCUGCUGAGGCUGCCCCUCCUGGAGCUCCUGCGGGUGGCGGUGUGUGACAUCCGCGCCCUGCCGGCCCACAUGCUGGAGGAGGGGGUCAUGCCCAGGCUGGCGUGGGCCAGCAUGGCUGGGAACCCGGUGUGCCCCGACCCGCCGGCGCCCGCACCGGGGUUGCCUGAGGUGGAGGUUGACGAUUUGGACCUGGGUAUGAAGCUCGCGGACGGCGCCUCUGGGGAGGUGUUCCGAGCUGUAUGGCGAGGGGAUCUGGUGGCGGUUAAGUUCUUCCGCGGUGACGUCUCCCCGGACGGCCGGGCUGAAGACGAGGUGGCACUGGCCAUUGCUCUGCAGCACCCACAUCUGACACAGGUUCUCGCCAAAGUGAAGUACCCUCCGGGGCUGGUGCUACGACUGGCCUCAGGCAACCCCCUGGCCCACAAGCCCACCAGCAAGCACCUGCUGCGCUGCAAGUGGGGCGACGACGUGAGGUUCGCGCCCCACCGCGCGCUGCUGCUGGCGGUGGCGGUGGCGGACGCGCUGGCCUACCUUCACGCCGCGGGUAUCUGCCACGGCGACGUGUAUGCGCACAACGUGCUUAUGGACGAGGACGAGAACGUUACGCUGUGCGACUUUGGUGCCUCAUUCAGCUACGACGCCUGGAUGCAGCCGUACUGGCAGGCCAUGGAGGUACGGGCGUACGGACUGUUGCUUAGGGACGUGGCGGCACGCUGCGAGGAAGCGGAAGAGGCGGGGGGCGCCAUCGUCGCCCGGGUCGUGGGGGCGCUGCAGCAGAUCGCGGAUCGUUGCGCCGACAUGCCGCCCGCGCAACGGCCUCUCUUCGCAGCUGUGCGGAACGAGCUCUUGGCGCUGCGGAAAAGCCUGUUCAGCUACUAG